AUGGCUUAUUCACAAGAAGGUGCCUCUCUUUCAAGAGCUCCCCUCUUUGAUGGCACAGAUUAUGUGUUUUGGAAGAUCAGAAUGGAAACGUACUUGAUCUCUGUUGAUGUAAAUGUGUGGAACAUUGUUAUCACAAAAUAUGUUGUUCCUAAUGCUAUUCCUUCAGAUCCUGAAGCUAAAUCUCAGUAUGAGUUAAAUGCUAGAGCAAAACAUGCUCUCUUGUGUGGUCUUACCAAGGAUGUGUUUGUUAAAGUUAUGCAUUGUGCAUCUGCUCAUGAAAUAUGGAGCAAGCUUGAAACUAUUUAUCAAGGUAGUAAUCCUUCUAGUUCUAAAGAAACUGCAUUUAAAGUAGAAAAGAAGGAGGAACUAGAUAGCGAGUCUGAACUUUCAGAUGCUAUAGAAGCUUUGCUAAAAAAGACGAGUCUUUUUAUUAAAGAAGAUUCUGAAAAUGAUUCAGAUGACUCACCUUGUGAAGGUGAUGAAACCUUGUUUAUGGCUGCAAUAGAAACUUCCUCAAAGAAAGAUUUAAAUAACAUAUCAGUAGAUCAAUCUGAUGAUUUAGAUCAAGGUGAAAUUGAUCUUGAAGGAGAGUUACUGUGUGCUCUCAAAGAAAUCAAAAGGUUUAAGAAACUUGUAGCUUCUCAUGAAAGUGAAAAACAUAUUUUACAAAUUGAAUUAAAAGAUUCAAAGCAAAUAGUUGAGGAUCUGAAAGUCUUACUUGCUGAUAGUGAAUUGAAAGUUAACAUUUUGGAACAGCAAAGUAGUUCUUUACAUAAGCAGAUUGAGCAGUAUGAAAGUACCUUGCAUUUGAAUGAAAUCUUAAGCAAACAAAAACAAUGCAAGAAUUUGACAGGUAUAGGUUUUGAUAGUGCUGAAUCAUCAAAACAAAUUACUAAACUUGCAAACAAAAAACAAUUUCAGGCCUACAACAGAAUGACUCCUUUUAGGUUUGGGUUCUUUCAUGGUUACUAUUUUUACUGCAACAAGUUUGGCCAUAAGGUUAACACUUGCAGAUUUUUGCAACAUAGAACUUCUAUGUUUGGACAUAAUCAAGCCUCUGGUUUUCCAAAUACUGUGAAGUGCAUUAAGUGUAACUUCUUUGGACAUACUUCUUCUCAAUGCAAGUCAAAGGAAAAAAUUCAUAAGGUGUGGAAACCAAAGUUUGUCCCUAGUUCUGAACAGUCUAUGAUAGUGCAAACUGCAUUUCUUUCAAGUAAAAAGUCAUUGUGGGUGUUGGACAGUGGCUGUUCACACCAUAUGACAGGAGACAGAAAUAAAUUCCUUCAUUUUGAAAACUUUGAUGGAGGUUUUGUAAGAUUUGGUGAUAAUUCAGGAGCCUUUGUCAGAGGUAAAGGCACAUUACUGCUAAAUGAUGACACUCCUAUUCAUGAUGUUUAUUUUGUUGAAGGAUUAAAACACAAUUUGUUGAGUGUCAGUCAAAUUUGUGACAGUGGUUAUAAUGUAUCUUUUAGUUCUCAAGGUUGUGCUAUCAAAAAUAAAUCUGGUAAAAUUGUUGCUACUGGUUUGAGGACUAUUGGGAAUGUUUACAAUUUACUUGACUCCACAGAUUAUGAAAAUAAUGUAGGUAUGUGUCUUAUGGGUCAAGUAGAAGAAAACUGGUUAUGGCACAAGCGCUUGGGACAUGUAAACUUUGAUAAUCUAGUUCGAAUCAGCAAGAACCAGAAUGUCAGAGGUUUACCCAUCUUGAGCAAACCAUUAAAUAUUGUGUGCAAAGAGUGUUUGAAAGGUAAACAGACAAAAGUAUCUUUUAAAUCUAAAGAACACUCUUCUAGUAGUCCUUUACAACUUGUUCAUACAGAUUUAUGUGGUCCAACAAGGACACAAUCCAUCAAUGGUGAAAAAUACUUCAUGCUCUUUGUGGAUGAUUAUACAAGAAUGUAUGCUGCUGCUCGAACACCUCAACAAAAUGGGGUGGUUGAGAGGAAAAACAGAACAGUCAAAGAGAUGGCUCGCACAAUGCUUAAUGAGGCAAAUCUGCCAGACAGAUAUUGGAAAGAAGCUGUUCACACAACUGUUUAUAUUCUAAAUCGUGUGCAAAUUAGGGAUGUUGAAGAGGAUAUACCAAUAAGACUGGAACAAGUUUCUAAAUCUGCUGAAGCAUAA